AUGGGCCGGGAUGUCUUCUACGUCGGGGAGACGGCCUCGGGUUGCAUCGCCAAGCUGGUCACGCAAUACCUUGGGUACUGUGCCUUUAUUGCGGGCGUCGAGGGCAUGUUGAUCGGCGCAAAGGCGGGGAUCGACCUGGAAAUCCUGGCUAAGAUUAUUCCGGUCAGCGCGGGAUCCAGCGGUGUGUUGAACCGGUCGACCGAGGCCAUCCUUGACCGGAGCUUCUAUUCGAACGGCACGCUGGACAUCGUGGCCAAGGACAUACACCUGGCGUGUGAACUGGCCCGGGAGUCGCAGGCUCCUGCGUCCAUCGGGGCCAUAGCCGACGAUAUGUUCCAGAGAGCCCAGGCGCAGGGGAUGGGGAAAGACGGAUACCCCGCUGUGGCACGGAUCCUGGAACAGCUUGCAGGGGCGGAAUUAAAGCCAAACGGCUAA